AUGACCGAUAACUGCUUAAUAUUUGGCGAAAAUGCGUCGCUGGUUGAGAAUGGCGCAGGGCAGCAUAUCUUUCUGGAAGCAACGCCUGCAUUAAUCGGUCAAAGUGAAGGAAUUCUAACGCAAGUUACUCAGUGUGUGUCAUUAUGUGGAAAUUUACAACAGGUUGUCCAAAAUAAAUCAGGAGGAGUUGAAGAUGAUCAAUUAAAAGAACUGUUGAAAGAGAUGAGCAUGGAAAGCGCUUUUGAUGCCCUUUAUGCUUGUGGAUUCACAUAUGACCGCUUAAAAUACAUAAACUCUGACGACUUGGCGUUGAUAUUUCCAGGGCAAGAAAAUAUCGGUUAUAGAGCAGAACUUGGAGAAAAACUCCGUCUGUGGAAGCACCAGAACUUUCCAUAUCAAUGUCUAUCUUCUCUGAGUAUGAACUCAACUGUUCAAAAUUGGAUUGAAAACCAACCUCUUAACUCAUCAGCUAGCAGUUCUACUUCGGUUAGCAAUUCAACUUUUUACUGAGCUCUCAAUACUGGCUAACAGUGGCUACACACGACGAACAUAUCCGCGCACAUGCGCGGCUUGCGGGUCAUAUUCGUCGUUUGUAGGGCGGUUUGCGAGCAUGCUCGCCAAAAAUCAAAAAAUU